GGCUGUAAAGGGAUUGCAGGCACCACAGCCACUACUACUUCUGCUUUUCCCUGCCUGGCCAGGAACAUAAAACCAGAAACUCCAUCAGCAGGUUGGAGAGGCUGCCUCAUUGCCUGGCAAACCUGGGAUAAUUUAUUUCUCUCUUCAGUCACUUCUUUUCCCUGCUGUUAUUGAGGCUCUUUUUCCUACUUCAAAGUGAAUGAAACCAGGCUAAACUCUGAAAGGGAAUGAAUGAAAUACAUACUGCUUGAGAAGAAGAAUCGCAUGAUUCUUGUGUAACAUCUGUACAGCCUGAAACAAUGGUUUUGUCUGUCCCAGGUAUAGCUCUGGGUGCCACCUUGGGGACUGCAACUAGCAUCCUUGCCCUCUGCGGUCUGACCUGCUUGUGCAAAUGCAGGCGACCUAGGAAAGGACUCUCGGGAAAGGACCAAGACAUGGACACUGAAAACGCUAAGCCCAGUAUGCUUCACCCAGUCCAGCAGUUCAGCGUUAAGAAGACUACUGAACCCAUCCAGCCUCGGCCCCUCCUGAAGUUUCCCAACAUCUAUGGCCCAAAGCCAGUCGUGACUGCCCCAGAAAUUGUUAACUAUGUGGAUUAUGCCUUGAAGACAACUGAAGAGCCAACUAGAGGAAAAGAUGAAGUUCAGGAUCAGAACGGAAUGAAGAUACAAGUCAAUGAGGAGUUAUUUGUUCUCCCUCAAAAUGUUCCAGGUGCAGUAAAGGAUGUGUGUGUCACUGAGCACCUGAACCCUGAGAAAGCAGCCAGCUGUAACCAGGUCCCUGAACUCCGCUAUUCCCUUGGGUAUGAUCGACAGAAAGCAGAGCUGUGUGUGGCCUUUCUUGAAGCUAUGCAUGGAAGCAUGAUAGGGGACCAGGAUGCUGGCUGUGACUGCUACAUCCUGGGCACUUUGAUGAGCAAAUCUGGCACCACAGAGGCCCAGACAGUGCUGAAGAAGAAAGUGCAUCACAUCAUCUGGGAGGAAGCUCUGCUGUUCCCGUUAGCCGAGGAGGAGGUGCUAGAAGGGAUGCUGACUCUCACCUUGAGGAACUGCGACAGGUUCUCUAGACACAGCAUUGUUGGGGAAAUUAAACUGAACCUGGCUAAUGUGGGGGAAUCCUUCAGAAUGGCCCAGUGGGAGAAACUGAAGACCCCUGAGAAGGAGCCAGAUGCAGGCUAUGGGGAGAUACUCCUCUCCAUCAGCUAUCUGCCAGCAGCAAACCGCCUGCUUGUGGUGCUCAUAAAAGCCAAGAACCUUCAUUCCAAACAGCUGAAAGAUCUCCUGGGAAAAGAUGUAUCUGUCAAGGUGACCCUGAAGCACCAGUCUCUGAAACUGAAGAAGAAGCAGACAAAGCGUGCAAAACACAAGAUCAACCCAGUCUGGAAUGAGAUGAUCAUGUUUGAAGUGCCCCAUGAGCUGCUACGCGCCUCCAGCGUGGAGCUAGAAAUGCUAAGCCAAGAUGGCCUGGGGCAGAGCCAAUCACUGGGCAAGUGCAGCCUGGGUCUGCAUGCCACAGGCACAGAGAGGAACCACUGGGAGGAGAUGCUGAGGAACCCCAGGAGGCAGAUAGCCAUGUGGCACCAACUUCAUAUGUAGCCAUGCGAUCUCUGUCAUGACCAGCCAACUGCCUUUCAUACUGGGAGGUCUGAGUCAGGAGGAGUAAGCCAAGUUAUAUUUCAUCUUGCAGGAAUGUGAACCACACCCAUCCACAAAAUGACCAAUCACAGCAUUCUGUUAUGGACACUGCCUUUUUCGGGUUUCCUGCCACAAGGACUUUCUCAAGCUAGACCAGGCAAAGUCCUGGAGCCUACAUUGUAGGGAAGAGUCAGUCCUGAACACUCUCCUAGGGAUGGAAUGCAUGUCCCCAACAGACCUCUAACUUCUACAAGGACAAGAUUCUGACACUGAAAAGCCGCUGGUGAAAAUAAAUGGGGACUCUCAGAUAGGCUUUUGUAUGUGUUAUAUUUAAAGGUGAGCUGAAAAGGGAAAAAAUGGGUUUGCGCUAUUAUUUACUGCUUUAUGAUGGAGAAAGAAGGCCUGAUUUUUCUUUAUUUAGUUAGUUUUCUGCUUAUUUUUUCUUUUAUAUGUUCAGGUCUUAUCUACCCUGCUUUCCCUUGAAGACUCUGUAGAUGACUGGUGAGCUAGCAGGUAUACAGCAUACUUAAUCAGGUUUCCCUUCUAUGGUAAGAGGGGAAGUGAGUUUUAUUCACAGUGUUCAAACCACUUUGUCUUUUUAUUAACAUUUUUAAAAUCAAACAGUUGACAAACCGUUUAGAAGAAAAAUUCUCUUUGUUAAAGGUUUAACACCUCUAGCCCUUCAAUUAAUGGCAGAGAGAGAUCUCCCUGUCUGUGUCUACCUCUGCUACAGAGACCGCCAGCAAAACCGGGAAGCGCAGAUUAACAUUUCUAAGGUUAAUACAUACAAGAAGAAUUUUUCUAUGGAUACAAAAUGAAAAAAGGGCAUAACCCCCCUUUGUUCAUUUUUGCCACCGUAAGUCUCUUUUCAGAAACACUGGAUUUCUGAGCUCCUCUUGGGAACGUAGAGUUCAGGCUCAAAACUCAGGCCUUCUCCCAUCUCAGAAUGUGGUAGCCAAGCUUCUCUAGUGGAAGCAACUGGGCUCUCUGCAUGGUUCGACCUCACCAACUUAGAGAUGCUAACACACACGCUAUCAUUUCCACCUGGUAUAUACUUAAAAUCUGUCCCUAUACUGUGAAAAAAACAAGUAAUGAAAAUAGAUGGGCCAAAAGGUUAUAACUCAGUCCCAGGUUUCUAACCCGUCAACAAACCUUCCUCACCAAAGCCCCCAUUGGGGUGGUGGUCUCGGCAAUAGUUGUGUCUAUUUUGCAGUCAAUGUUUUCCAUAUUGCUUUAGGUGGCUGUAUGGAACAAAGAGCAAAAAUAAACUGGUUCCUGAGAUAUGAAAAAGAGAGAAGCUACGUGAAGGGAAAAAGAGGCAGAAACGUAAAAAGACAGUAGAAGAACAUAGAGAAAGAUGGAGAGAGAGAGUAGAUCAUAUAAAAAGAGCGAGAGAGGCAAAGAAGCAGAGAUAUUCUCCUGAUAGUGUACUGUACAUACCCAGCCUUUGAAGUGAGCACUGCCAAAACCUGUGUCUGGAUUCCUUCCUGUUCCUUCGUUGCUGGAGUCUUUGAUAUCUUGGAUUUAGGGUGCUAAAAGCCAUUGAAAACAUGAAAGCUUCAAGGUCUCUUAUCCCAAAUCUGUGUGUGUAAGUAGUGUAUCCCUCUUUCUCCUAGUGUUCUUGGGGGAGCUCUCCUCUCUGUCUCUCACAUGCAGGUCAUGGACAUAAGAAUGGCCAUACUGGGUCAGACCAAAGGUCCAUCUAGCCCAGUAUCUUGUCUUCCAACAGUGGCCAAUGCCAGGGGCCCCAGAGGGAAUGAAUAGAACAGGAGAUCCAUCCCACAAUUCAGAAAAAUCACUGACGGUGUUCUAUCCUGUUAUUGCCAAUGAAUUGCCACAAAUCCUUCUACUUACUGCCAUCCUUUCUGCUUAGAAAUAGACUCAUUUCUGAAGUGAGCAGGUGUUGGAUAUUCUGAUUAUGUUCCAGAAAGCAGAUGAGACUGAGUAAAUUACAUAGGAUUGUUUCACCAACAGUUUGGGUUUGAUACGGAGGUGCCAUACUGAAACCCAAUCUUAGUUACCAGCACUGCUUAGAAGAGCAGCCCAGAAGGCUGCCAGGUACUACAUCAUCUCAGGACUGAAUGACUUUCUCUUCACUGGCCCAUUAACUCGCCAUCACCUUUCUCUUGUGCUUUUGAGAUUUGGCAUGGCUUAAGUGUAAUCAUUUACACUCCUUUCCAUGUCUGAUGAUACCCCUUCUGUAUCCCAAAAGAGAUAUUGCUUUGUCCCUAUGAGCUCCCUGCUUGUCCUGCCACUCCAUUGCAAACAGCAGGCUCACCUUUAAGAGACAUGCCUGGGGACAAGGCAUUCAAGGGGCUAAAGAUAUAAUCAUACUGUCCAUAGCUCUGGAAUACUUAAGAAAUUACCCAAUCUCCACCACAUUUGGUCACUUUAAACCAGUAUUAUUCAGUUUGUUCCCUGGCCUACAGAAGAUUGCUGCUUAAUUAAUAAACAAGAGCCAAAAUUCUGAACAAGAUGGAGGAAAAGCCCGCACAAGACUCAUGGAGAUGCUAAAACUAUCUAUUCUGUUACAAUAUGUACUGUAACUGUAGGGUGCUGUAUCCCAGCUGUGUGGAUAAUUCUGUUCUCUCAGUUAGUGCUGAAUCAAUGUACCAGCGUGGAAGUAAGGGAGGAUAGCUGGAAAACAUUGUUGGUUAUUGAAGUUUCCAUGCUAUGUUUUGUAAGUCAGUGUUAUAUUUGGUUUCCUUGCCUAAUUCUAAUGAUGUAGCAGCUAUCUCCUGUCCUCCCUAAACUGCCCCUGCAAUUUCAAACUUCCAGUCCUAAAUUGUUCAGUAUGUGGCUGUUUCCUGUGUUUGAUAUGCAAAGGAAUUUCAUUUCAGUGCUGAAUGAUCACUAUAUAUCCUCACCAGGGUCAGCAUGAGGCUCAGUAAAUUGAUGGACUCAGUUAUGCUUUCACACAUUGAAGUGCAACUCCAUUAAAGUCAAUAGACUUGCACCAGUAUAAGUGAGAGGAGAAUCUGGCCCAAUGUUUGGAAAGGAGGAAAGGAGCUAGAGAAGUGUAUGAUAUUAUCACCCAUCAUCAGGAAGCUGGAACCAGAUACAAAGUCCACCCCCCCCCUCCCCCAGAUGGGAGGCGGUUGUAGUUUGGCUCCAUUAGAGAGAUAAGCCCAAGAGCUGAAGGCCCUGAAUUCAAGUUUCCCCAGUGUUUGCCUGGGAUUUGGAUCUGAGAUGCCAGACUGAGCCCCUCUUUUAUCAUUAAAUGAUAACUGAAUUUCCUGUGUAUCUUACUAUUGCAACCAGCAUUACUUGAUUCCUAUUAUGACCAGCUGAAGUACAUACUGGACUAACUUGUAAUUACCUCCACUUCACAAUGUAAAGAGUUAUUGAUUCUCUGUUAUGUACUGUGUAGUGCAAGUUGUCAAUUGUUAUUCACCAGCAAAUGCAUGAUUCAUAUGUGAUUCAAUAAUGAGGUGGAAAAUAGGGUACAAUCCACAUCAGUAACAGAGGCUAGACUUCAACACAAUGACAUUUACUAGCACUAUGACAAAAAUUUAACAAAGGCACUGAACUGAUGUGGCUUUGGCCUCAUUUCUUGCACUUUUGUGAAGGUCAGUUUAGGUCUAAUUAGAUCUAAUUAAAGAGCUGAGAUGGAACAUGUUACAUGUGUUAAAGUUCAGCUCAAUCACAACUGAAUUUUGUUCUCUUGAAAGUUAACAGAGUGAUGAGCUAUCGGAAAUAAAAAUACUUAGCAGUCAUAUAGUUCUUUUCAUUGGUAAGUCUCAAAAGGAAGGAAGAAUAUUGAACAGCACAGAAAAAUGAUGACAUGUGGCCUUCCAACAGGAAUGACCAAGCUCUUCUGGUUACUCAGCCCCUUUCACUGAUGUUUUUAUUGUACAGAACCAGCUUUUGGUUGUCUACGUUGUACUCACAGUCCAAGGCACAAAAGGAGAGCAUGAGACUUGUCAAUCGUGUCGGACAUUAUAGCACAAAUGUAAAUCUUCAAUAGUAAAUAAAUAAUUCCAAACUGUGAA